UUGCAUGGCGCCGCCUGACUGCACCCGCUGACUUUCUGCAGCCUUUUUUGAUGGGAUUCUGCUUGAAAUCAACAAGGACUCCGCGGUUCAUAGGGAAGAGCGUGGCGCAAAUGAAACGUUGAAUUCACCAUGUCCCCUUUGCGUCUACAAGCAUUAUCUGGUCACUAUCAACUCUUCGGGCUUUUUCUACUCAGCGUGUAUAUAUCUUCUGCACAGUUUGCCCCAGAAUGCUACCCAGGGGGACAUGAAGUUCUCUGGAACCCCUCCCGCAGCAUUCACUUCGAUUCUACUGAGCUCCAGCAGUCUGCAAUCCAAGACCUCAUAUGUGAUCAUUCACUGACACCAGGAUGGUAUCGCUUCAUGAUUCGAGACAAGCCAGCAGAAGUACCAACAAACUGCAUAGAAAUGAAUAAGUGUGGCACACAAGCUCCUGUUUGGCUUUCUCUUGAUGGUUCCAACUCAUUGCCUCGCCAUGGUGAGAUAAGGAAAUUAACGGCCUGCGCUACAUGGCAGUUCUCAGGCAGCACCCGAGACUGUUGCUUAUUUCGGAUCCCCGUCUCUGUAAGGAACUGCGGAGCCUUCUUUGUCUAUUACCUUCAACCUACUCAGGGAUGCAUGGGUUACUGUGCAACUGAAGUCUUUGCAGAAACAAAGUCAACACCCUGUGCACCUGGAGAAGUGGAAAUAAAUGGGACUUGUCGAGCCAGGCUUCCUAAUUUGCCUACUAAGCCACUGAUUACACCUGAGUUAGUAGGCCCCAGUAUCCAUCUCAAGUGCGCUUAUGUUAGCCCAGCGAUAAAUGGCAGUGUGGGAUAUGUGGUGGUAUGGUCCCGGAUUUCCUCACUUCACAUGAAGGAAGAGCUAAAGAGAGACACAACCCGGCAGAUGUUCUCAUUUGUGGAGAUGGAUGGUACUUCUUUAAGGCUGGGGGACACGGUAUACUGCAGCGUAUCAGCUUUCUUGCAGGACUUUCCAGACAUACACAGCUCGUCCAAGAGUAGUGAACCAUUCUUUGCUGGAAUUAAGUUCGAGCCAGAAUCUUUGCACAUAGCUGAAGAUGAAAAGGAGCAUCCUCUGUCGAUCAAAAGUACUAUUCCUAUCCCUUGCCUGGAGGAUAGCCGGAAUCUAAACAAUUGUAAAUUAACUCUGCAGCUAACCAUCAAUGACUCAGACAGUCAGAGUUCUUCACCCCUGAAUGUAGCACUCUCCUCAUGCCAGGUGGAUUUAAUACGGAUACCUUGUGUGGCAGGGGGCUGCGCAAGAAGUACUCUGUUUGUGACAGCUGUGACAGACUUUGCUCGAGAUGGAAAUCGUGUCAGCAACAUUAGGAUUGAGCCUAUUAAAUCAUACAAUUUCUUGUGGCAUGGUUACACCCCAAAGGAUAUGAAGGUCACUGUACAGGACAUUCCAACAGGAAAUUGUUAUUCGUUCACUGAUCCCCAUAUUAUUACAUUUGAUGGAAGACGAUAUGACAACCAUAAAACUGGGACUUUUGUGAUGUAUAAGAGCCUCUUGCGAGAAUUUGAAGUUCACAUACGUCAAUGGGACUGUGGCAGUCGCCAUUAUGCUGUGUCGUGUAACUGUGGAGUCGUUGCUAGAGAAGGCGCUGAUAUCAUUGCAUUUGACAUGUGCAAUGGGCACUUUCAGGAGACCAGGCCUCAUCUGUCAGUCAAAAGCAGUGGGUCAGAAUCACACCAUGUCAAAAUAAUGGAUGCGCACCAUGGGAAGAAAAUCACGAUCAUGUUUCCAUCAGGGGCAUUUGUCCGUGCAGACGUAAGUGACUGGGGAAUGAGCAUAACAGUACGGGCUCCCAGUGUUGAUUUCAACAACACUAGGGGGCUCUGUGGGAUCUUUGAUCGCAGUAGUAGUAAUGACUUCCACGGUGCUGAUGGGAAGCCCAUGGCAGCUGCACUUUGGAAUAAUGACCCCACUGAUUUCAUUGAGGAAUGGAGAAUACAUCCAGGGGAAAGUUUGUUUGACAAGACACCAUCCCACUCUGUGAAAGAGAAAAGAAGAAAUUACUGCAAGUGUCGAAAGAAACAUACAAUGCCCCUCCAUUCCGUGAACAAGUUGACGGGUGGCCAUUCUCACCUACUGUCUAGUUGCAAAGCUUAUGAAAAUGUGGAUUACACAUCAUUAGUUCCUUAUUUGGAUAUUACAGCAGAAUACAUAAACAACCCAGAUCUGUCCUUGUUCAGAAAGCGUGACGUAGUCCAGUCGUCUGAGAGGACAGAUGGACAUAUGGACCUGCUGAAAUACAUUCAAUCACAAGGCGCCAAAGAAGUCACCACCAAAGGCAAGUCACUUAUGUUUACUGAUCACUCAGUGGGAUAUUCCAGAUGGCCAGACAUAAUGGAUUUUGCUGAACCAGAGGUUAAGCUGCGUAGAAUAAGAAGUCAGGGUCCUUUUCAGUUCUUACCAACAUUCACAUUCCAGAGCCUAAGCCAAACUGAUCUGGAAAGCUUUACUUACUUUUUCCCAGAAGACCAUCUGUCCAGGAAUCGACCUGGUGUGCAACCAACAUGGCCAACUCCAAGUGGACUGACAUCAGUUAAGGCCCUGGAGGUAUGCCAACAAGCCCUAGGGAACUCUACCAUUGGUGUAGUGUGUCAUGACAUUCUCGGAAGAAGGCUUAUUGAGGCUGUGGAUACGUGCAUCUCAGACAUGCAGCUUAAAGAUGAUCUUGCUUGGGAGGAAGGGAUGCGGCCUUUCCUUGACAAUGAGUGCGAAAGAAAACUUUUGGAAAGUAGGGUUCAGUGGGCCCAUGGAACAAAUGAUCCUCAUGUUAAAGAGAUUGUUAGAGCUCUCCGUUGUCCAAACUCAUGCAGUAACAAUGGACAUUGCACAGCAUGGGGUUGCCAGUGCUUUGUCAAAUACAGCUCCUAUGACUGCAGUAUUUCCAAUGAUUGGCCUCCUGAGAUUACUGAUCUGGAGAAUAGUGGCUUCUGUGAUAUUCGAAUCUAUGAAUGCAAUAGAAUCAGAGUAUUUGGCUUGGGCUUCAGGGACUCUCCUCACCUCCGGUGUGAAGUUAUCAGCCUGACGUUUAUAAAUAAUCGGUGGGUUCCAGGAGCUAAGCAUACAACAAAGGCAGAGUUCCUCAGCACCAAAGCUGCUGAUUGCCCAAUUCCAGCAUUACCAACUUCUGAAGCAGAGACAGUGGACUUCAUGUUUUCAGACAAACCUUUUGCCAGGUGGCAAGUAAAGAUUACAAAUGAUGGAUCCUUGUUCAGUAAUUCAAAGAUUUUGACAAUUUAUGAUGGCAUAUGCCAGCUCUGUGAUAAUGUUCCAACUGGACUUUGUAAGUUGAAGGAAAAAACAUGCAAUAUAAAUGGACUUUGUUACAGUGAAGGAGACCCAAAUCCAACAAGUCUUUGUUUGCUGUGCAACCCAGACAUGUCCAAGAUCACCUGGUCCAUUAAUGAAAACAAUCAGCCACCUAUUUACCAAGAGUCUCCUACUGAGCUCCAGACAUUUUUUGGUGAAAAUUUUGUUUACCAGUUCACAGCAGUGGAUCCUGAAGGGUCAGCUGUGCUGUUCUCACUGGAGUCUGCCCCAGAGAAUGUCAGUUUAUCACCUGCCGGCCUUCUGAUUUGGAAAGUGAAUUCCCAAAAUUCAGCCAGCUUUGGCUUUACCGUCUCGGAUGAGUGUAAUGCACAAAGCACAUAUUCGGUUCAGGUUGCCGUGAAGCCAUGUGGCUGCAUGAACGGUGGAACAUGUGUUACAAAUAUCAAUUUCCCCCCAGGAAGUGGUGAAUACCUCUGUGUAUGUCCUGUUGGAUUUGAAGGGGAGUCUUGUCAAGAAAAUGUAGAUGAAUGCAAAUCAAGUCCAUGUGGUGUGGGCACUUGUCUGGAUGGUAUCAACAGCUACUCUUGCAGAUGUCCAGCUGGCCUCACAGGACUCACGUGCCAAGAAGAUGUUAAUGAAUGUGAAGAAGUGCCAUGUUUUCCUGGAGUCCCAUGUCUCAAUAGCUUUGGAUCAUUCCACUGUGGAAGCUGUCCCGGAAGGCUGAAGGGUGAUGGCCGAUCUUGCAAAGGUUCAACCACUGUUCCACAGAGCACAAUUACUUGUGCAAAUAAACCCUGCUUCCCAGGAGUUCAGUGUUUUGAUCGAAAACCACCUCAUGUUGGCUUUCUAUGUGGCCGUUGUCCUGCAGGAUUCUUUGGCACUGGGAAGACAUGCAUGAAGAUUCCUCGAUUUGUUUCCCCACAUGUUGCAUCAAAACUUCAUCAACGUUGGGGCCCCACCAGAAGACCAAGCAACCUGCCAGGUGGUAACCAGAAAACUAUGCUUGGGUGCGUUUCCAUGUCUGGCAGGGCAACAAUGGAAAAAGCAGUUACAAAAGCCAAACCACCUCCAGUUCUCAAGACGGAGAAUCCCUAUGUAGCAUUGAGCUUGUCUCCUUCCAUUGCCUCCUUGUCACAGGACACUGAUACUGCUGUCACUGGCACAGCUGCCAUGAGCUCUAGAACUGUAUCUCAGCUGGCUGUUCACCCCAAAGCUCUACAAAGGACAGUCAUUUUUGGGCAGCCUGCCACUUCAGCACUGCGAGCUGUAACUGCAUCUCAAGCUGUUUCCAUUACUCGCUUCGCUAAUGAGUUGGUUCCUAUGGAAACAAAGGUCACCUGUGCUGACAUGCCUUGUUUUAAUGGAGUCCCCUGUGAGCCCACGCAGUCUGGAGGCUUUAAAUGUGGCCGAUGUCCUUUCGGAUACACUGGUGAUGGUAUAAUGUGUCAAGCUAUUUGCAGAUAUCCCUGUGGAAAGAAUAUGGAAUGUGCAGCUCCCAACACAUGUCGCUGUAAGCCUGGCUACACUGGGUAUAACUGUCAUAUAGCAAUCUGCCGACCAGACUGCCAAAACAAGGGAAAAUGUGUCAAACCUGAUAAAUGUGACUGUCCCCCAGGAUACCACGGCCUGACCUGUGAAGAUGCCCACUGCAUCCCAGCUUGUGAACAUGGUGGAUCGUGUACAGCCAGAAAUACUUGCUCCUGCCAUUACGGGUUUGUUGGGCCAAGAUGUGAAACAAUGAUUUGCAAUAGACACUGUCAAAAUGGUGGAAAGUGCACUUCCCCUGAUGUGUGCAAAUGCAAAGCUGGGUGGACAGGACCUUCAUGUGAAACAGCUGUGUGUACCCCUGUGUGUCUCAAUGGUGGCAUCUGUAUUCGACAGGAUGUCUGUAUCUGUCCUCGUGGAUUCUAUGGGCUUCAGUGUCAGAAUGCUGUUUGCAAUCCCCCCUGUAAGAAUGGUGGCCAGUGUAUGAGAAACAAUUUGUGCUCCUGUCCUGAAGGCUAUACGGGCAGAAGGUGUCAGCAGAGUGUCUGUGAGCCAAUGUGUAUGAAUGGAGGGAAGUGUGUGAGCCCUGAUACUUGUGACUGUCCAUCAGGGUGGAGAGGGAAGCGAUGUAAUCAGCCAAUUUGUCUGCAGAAAUGCCAGAAUGAUGGAGAAUGUGUGGGACCGAGUACCUGUCACUGUCAGGCGGGCUGGGAAGGAAUGCUGUGUCAGAUCCCUAUCUGUGAGCAGAAAUGUUUGUUUGGAAGUAAGUGCAUCAGGCCGAAUGUGUGUGCUUGCAGGAGAGGAUACAUGGGAUUAGCCUGUGCAAAAAAGCUUCCUGUUGGACGUGGAUAAGCUGGAAAUGUUGCAGCUGGUUAUUCUGAGGAGUGAGCAGUUACAGCAAUGGAUCACAGAUUUAUAGAGCUACACAGUGAAAUGAUGUGAGGAAGGCAUCAUGCUGUAUGUCUUUGGAAAUCAGUACAUCUUAAAGAAGUGAUCUUAAACUUCCACGAAUAUUUACGUUGCCACAUAUCUGAAACAUUAAUUGCAGGAAGCAAAAAUGUUUGCCUGUAAAUUGUUGUAUAAUUUAUAUGUAAUCAAUUAAAUAUAAUUUUUGAGGUCAUGUUACAGGAUGGUAGAUGGUAUAUUUCUGGUCCCAGUAUUGCCCUGUAGUCUGACUACCUCAUAUAGAUACUUGUUUUCUCAUGGAGCCGAUGUCCUCAACUUCACACGCCAGUGUUUGCAAGAUGACCACUAAUCUGCAUUAUAUUUAUGUAGUGUAACAUCAUGAUGUGCGCUGCUUUUAUCGCAAUGUUGUUGACAUUUUAGACCCUCUCCCCUUGGUGACGUUUAUUCCAAUGAAAACCUAUUAGUAUUGCCGUAAACAUCCUUUUGUCAUUCUCCUUGCAUGUACUGCUAACUUAAGAGUUAGUAGAUGUCAAUUCUCACACAAAAUCCCAUCUAUUGCAAUCAUGGAUGAAACUGGAAUGUCAGUCUGUAUUAAAAAGAGUGGUGGGAGUAAGACUAACAUGUUCUUGCAGAGCUCUGCAUCUUUCCCUUGUCUUAGUUGGUUCAGAUGUUCUCAGCUGCAGCGGAAAAUUCUCCUCUCCCUACUACUGACAUUCUCCAGUUUGCCAUGGGAAAAAAAUAUUUUUAAAACCCGAGUCCUCCUCCUCAGUGAUCGCAGUUCAUUCCUUGCAGAAAGCAAUUAUGUUUGGCAAGUAAGGUGAAGAAGCACCAGGCUGAGCAUUUGUAUCAGGUUAGAAUCUAUUUCUGAUAAGGGUAACACACUCCUGAAUUUACAAGACCAUCAUAAGACAAAGAAGCAGUAUUAGGCCAUUUGGCCUGUAGAAUUUAUCCGCCACUCUGUCAUGGCUGACUUGUUAUACCUCUCGACACAAUUCUCCUGCCUUUUCCCCAUAAACAAACCUAUCAAUCUGUGCUUUAAAUUUAUCCAGUGACUUGGCCUCCACAGCCAUUUGUGGCAAUGAAUUCCACAGAUUCACUACCCUCUGGCUAAAGAACUUUCUCCUCAUCGGUCCUAAAGGGAUAUCUCUCUAUUCUAAGGCUGUGCCCUUUGCUCCUAGACUGGCUCACUCUAGGAAACAUCCUCACCAUGUUCUCUCUGUCUAGGUCUUUCAAUAUUCAAUAGGUUCCAAUGAAUUCCACAUACCCUCCAUCCCAUUCUUCUGAAGUCCAGUGAGUACAGUCCCAGAGUCAUCAAACCAAACAAAUAUCACUUGCAGAAUUCUACCUCUUUUAAAAUGUCAAAUCUAUUUCAUAUCUGGUAGAAAAGUAACAGGAAAAACACAGGAGUGAAACCAAUUGAGUCUUAAGUCUUUUGAAGAGCCAGCACAGACAUAGUAAGCUUAUAUGUGGUAAUAUUCUGUGAAUCUUUAACCUGAAUGAAUAUCUAAAUAUUCUGGGCAGUGUCAUGUAGGGUAGUGUGAAAAGAGUAUAUGAAAACGGUGACUAAUUUAAGAUGAAUUAAUAAUUUCAUUUAAUCAUAUUCUCAUAAGCAGGGAAUUUACUUCAAAUAGCUUUUAGAUUUCAGUAUUACUGUUAUCCAGUCAUAUGAAACUUCCUGCUUACCACACUUUGAUCUGCAUUUCCCAGCUUUUGCAUAUUCCUUAGAUUGUGUUCACUCUUUCGUUAAACAUUCAACCAGAUUGUUUCAUGAGCAGCUCAUUACAAUGACACACAUGGUCACGUGUUAUCCCUGUAUCCCCUCCAUCCAAUCCACCUUCUCUCUGUAACAUAAAACUAACCCGCUUUCUCUCUUUGGCAGUUCUCUCUUUCAUAGCCUUCAAUCUGAAAGCCAUAUUUGUCGUUCCAUGAAGAUUUCCUCAAUGAAAAUAGGCUAUUAAUUUUUAGGUCAACCCACACAAAUUGCUGGAGGAACUCAGCAGAUCAAGCAGAAUCUAUGGAAAGGAAUAAAGGGCUGACAUUUUGGGCUGAGACCUUUCAUCGGCCCAAACUUUAGUUCUUUAUUCAUCUCCAUAGAUGCUGCCUACUCUGCUAAAUUCCUCUAGCAUUUUGUGUUGGUUGCUCUGGAUUUCCAACAUCUUCAGAAUCUCUUGUGUUAUUAAUUUUUAAGCUUUAUAUUGAGGUUGUCUAUGUAGUCUGUUGCACAAGGAGAUUUGUAAACAAGAUGAUAUUGCAUCCUAGUGUUUAGCAUACAUUUACGUGAAAAUCGGAAAAUCUUGUACUGUAGAUUCGAAGAUUCCUCCUUCAAUCUUCAACAGCAACUGUGGCAACUAAGACAAUUCUUGGACAUUUCUUCCACAUUUUCCACUCUUUUGUAAUGAACUAACUUAUUGAUUUAAUGAAAAUAUUAGUUUUAAGAAAAUGUUUUUGUACAAUUUGCUUAUGUAUAUAAAAAGGAAAUUGAGUAUAUCCAUAUCAUGUUUAAGACCAUAUUUGUAAUAUUUUUUAUUCAUUUGUGAAAUCUAAUUUUACGUCCUGAUGUAUAUAGACAGUUCAAUAUUGGAUUAUAUCAUACAUACAAUAUAAUAAAAUGUUUUGAAAAACAGCUUAAAA